AUGAUACUACCACUAUACGCACUGUUGCUAACUCCACUGGUCAAUGCAUGGACCUUCGGCUAUACCAACGCAACCGAUGCUACUGAAAUCGCCCGUGGCGGUGAGGCACAGGACUGCACAACCUCCCCCAUCGGCAAAGAAAAGCCUUUUACCUGGGAUCCUGAGGGAUCAGAUCUAUGCGUCUCUAUAUACCGCGACACCAAGUGUGCUUCCAGGGCGGGAUACUCAUGCGGAGUGUGGAGGAAGAAUGCCAGUGAAUCUUUUGCGGCUUUCGAUGUCCUGCUUGAGAAGGAAAUUGAUGCCAAAGACCAAACUGCCACGCUUGCUUUGACCUCAACGUCUACAUCGGCUACAUCCACAUCCACAUCUUCAUCCUCAUCCGUGUCCUCGACGUCGGCAUCCGCUACCACAACCCCUACCAAGUCCGGACUCUCUGCAGGAAAUGACAACACCGGCUCCUCCUCUAAUCCAUCACUAUCCGGCGGUGCUAUUGCAGGUGUUGUCGUUGGAGUUGUAGCUGCGGUUGCCAUUAUCGUUGCCUUGGCUGUGAUCUUCAUGAGGAAGAGGAACAGAAAGAAUGCACCGGUUGCUAGCCAGCAUGGUGGUUAUGGGCCCCAUGAAGCGGAUGCUACUGGAUCAUCCAUCAGCGGUACUACGGCAGUUACAGAGAAGGGAACUGAUUCUGUUGCACGACCAUUCAGACCUCCCCCUGGAUCCCAUGUUGUUGAGUUGGCUGGUGACGAAGGGAGUGCCGAGUUGGGCAACAGUCCAAUCAGUGAGAUGGAUGGGAACAGCACCAAACGAGAUUUUAAUCGGGUCUAA